GCUCUUGCUCUUCUCUGGCUGUGACGUGGUAUAGGCCCACUCAUGAUACUCUGGCAUGUGGUAUGAGCCCUCGUAGCUACGCGCCUUGCCAGUAGGUGUCUGUCGUCGUUCCUACUACCAUUCACGUCAAGAGUAUCUUCACUGUGCGAGACUUCCACUCGGAAGCUGGCAGUAUUGACCUAGGGCAACGACCACUCACAAAAGUCACCACAAUGCCUAUCGCCGUGUCGCCAGAGCGACCUCGAACUGGCGUUACUCGCCUCACUGGUGGACGACUCGUCAAAAACGGGCAGCUGGUGGAAGAGGACUUAUGGAUCUCAUCAAUUACUGGCAAGAUCUUGCGGAGCCAAGAAGUUUUUUACGAGCAUCAUAUCAUGCCAGACGAAGUCAUCGACCUCGAAGGCAAGGUCCUCUGCCCUGGUUUCAUUGAUGUACAGUUCAAUGGCGCUUUCGGUGACGACUUCUCCACGAUCCCGACGAAUAGCGCUGGUCAGGAAGACAUCACAGCAUACGCAAAGACACUCAAGAAAUUGAACAAACGACUAGUGCAGACUGGAGUGACAAGUUACUUGCCUACCCUGCCAAGCAACAACUCUGAGCUAUAUCACAAAGUUCUGCCAUAUCUGGGACCGAGCGGGGCGCGCAGAGACGCUUCUGAGGGCAGCGAAAGUCUUGGAGCACAUUGCGAAGGACCAUUCAUCUCACCCACCAAGAACGGCAUACACAGUCUCGAUGUUCUGCAAGAGGCGCCUCGCGGCAUUGCAGACCUUGAGGAUUGUUACGGGAAAGAAAACCUCACAGCCGACGGAAAUGGUCCCAUUCGAAUGAUUACGGCGGCGCCAGAAGUGCCUGGCGUGUUGCCGCUGAUCGGAGAUCUCACUUUCCGAAACAUCAUAUUCUCCAUUGGACAUACCGAAGCCUCCUACGAGACGACCGGUGAAGCCAUUCGCAAUGGCGCUAGGAUGAUCACGCACCUUUUCAAUCAGAUGCCGGCGCUGCACCAUCGCAAUCCUGGCCCAUUUGGCGUGCUAGGCAAAGCUGAGGACACUGAACGCCCGUGCUUCGGCAUCAUAGCAGAUGGCAUCCAUCUACACCCAACUACAGUGAACAUUGCGUGGAAUGCGCAUCCUGAAGGUUUCAUACUCGUGACCGAUGCAAUGAAAACAGUGGGACAGCCGGAUGGUGUAUACGAGUGGACAAACGGCGAUCGAUUUGUCAAAAAGGGAUCCGUUCUUACUCUCGAAGGCACAGACAAGCUCGCUGGUAGCUGUGCCAGCUUGGUUGAAUGUGUCAGCAACUUUUGGAAUUGGAGUCAGUGUACCAUACCUGAAGCGAUCGCUAGCGUGACCAGCACACCGGCCAAGAUGCUAGGCUUGGGUGGCUCGAAGGGAUGUCUAGAUUUCGAUGCAGACGCAGACUUGAUCUUGUUGGAUACAAUCGAGGAGGAGAGCGCCCGCAGGUUCGAGGUUGCUAAAGUGUGGAAAUUUGGAAGCCUGGUGUUUGAGAAAGAGUAGUGAGGCGGAUAUCAAGUGUGCCUGGACGCUAUGGCGGCAGGGAAGAUACACAGAAUGCUAGCAAUUCUUCAGCAUAAU